AUGGCUAUUCAUGGAAUUUACACAUGGUUAAAAAAUCUUCAUCAACUUGAUUGGUCAUGGAUACAAGCAUGUGAACAUGAAGCUGCUAGAAAUCUUAAACAAGCAGCCUAUGAGUAUAAAUUAUUAUCAAAUGAACAUUUUAAAACUCUUUCAAUGUCUAAUGAAACAAAAGAUGAUAAGAUAUCAUCUGAACUUGUUUAUGAUUGUUAUUUAAGUCUUCAUCAAUGGCCAGAAUUAAUUGCAUGGAAUGAUACAUGUAUUAAAAUGCAAAUGGUAUUUUUACAAGAUGAUAAUGAUAAUUUAAGCAAAGCUAUGGAAACAACUAUUGAUAUAAAUGCUAUUCGUGCAAUGAGUUGUUUUGAAAAUCGAGAUUUUGAAGGUUUAAAAGCAGCUAUGAGAAAAAUGCCAAAUUCACAAGCAACUGGUGAAGACUUAAAUAACAAUCAUAAACCUAAUAAAUAA